AUGGUAGCGCAACAGUCUACUUGUAUUGAUUUACGAGCCAUGAAAUCUUCUUAUUAUUUGAAUGUUCUUCGCGGUCGAACUCAAGAACUGCCCGAUGUCAGAUCAAGGAUUGUUCGAGUAUUUGUCAGCUCGACAUUUACAGGUUCUUUCAUUCAUCUUUUCUUUCUAUCGCCUCAUAUAUGUUCAUUGAUAGACACACUAGCCGAACGAGAUUCGUUGAUUGAAAAUAUCUUUCCUAAGCUAAAAGAUUACUGUCGACAACAAUAUGGAUUGGAAUUUCAAUACGUCGACAUGAGAUGGGGUAUUACGAUUGAAUCAGCCAACAAUCAUGGUGAAGUUGUCACGUGUCUUAAAGAAAUUGAACUAUGUAAAAAGUAUUCGGUUGCAACAAACUUUGUGGUUCUACUUAGCCAUCGAUAUGGUUCGCGACCUAUUUCCGCUAAGAUCCACGCACCGCUCUUCGAAUUGCUCGAAAAAACUGCUCUUGAUGAGCAGAAUGGAAUACACGACAGUGAUUUAUUAGCGCAAUGGUAUAAAAUCGAUACCAACUGUAUACCACAUGCGUAUAUUUUACAGAAUAUUUCAUUACUGAUACCAAACUUCAUCUCUAAAGAUACAAAUGAAGUGAAACAAGCGAAUGAACAAUGGAAGAAGGUGAGUGAACGAUUGCGAACAUGUCUCCGACGUGCGGCAGAGUUAUGUCUACAACGCGGCCAAAUUUCUGAAAGUGAUUACGACGAAUUUUUCAUUUCAAUUACCGAGAAAGAGAUUGUCAACGGAAUUCUCGGAGCAAAAGAUGCCAAUGAACGUACUCUCUGUUUUCUACGCGAUAUCGUCGAUAUUCGCGAUCAUCUAUCCGAUGACAAAGCAGCGAAAUAUAUCGACAUGUCGUCAUCAUCAGCGAUCGAUGAGGAUGCUGAAAAGUUACUCGAACGAUUGAAAACUGUUCGUAUUCCCACUGCUUUGAAAUCAUCGAACAUUUACAAGUAUAAAGUUCGAUGGUCACCCGAUGGUAUCACUAAGCAACAUCAUAGUGAAUAUCUCGAACAAUUCAAUGAUGAUUUCUAUCGAUCCAUGAAGAAACAAAUCGAUCGAUGUGCUCAAGCUCGACUGAAAAUCACACCGAAUGAAUUGCAACAUGAAGUUUUAGAGCAUGCAAUUCAAUGUAAAACCUAUGUGAGCAAAUUCCAUGGCAGAACUGAUGUUCUAUCGAAAUUGGAAGCAUAUAUAAACAUAAAAAAUGAAGGUCGACCUUGUGUUGUGCAUGGUGAAUCUGGUUGUGGGAAAACCAGCGUAUUGGCUAAAACGGCAACUGAAGUAUUUAAAUGGUGGCCAAAACGAUCAGUUUCAGUAGUUUUACGUUUUCUUGGAACUACACCGACAUCUUCAACUAUAUACAAAACUCUCCUGUCGAUCUCUCGACAAAUUUGUGAAAUCUACAGCAUAUCAAUGACUGCUUAUCCAACAGUGAAUCAACUUCGUGAUCAACUUGAACUGAAUAUCUUUCCACAGAUUCCCGAUAAUGAAUACCUUCUCAUUCUACUGGAUUCGAUCGAUCAAUUGCAAACAGAUGCAUACAAUUGCAAAUGGUUACCUUUACAAUUUCCAUUCAAUGUCAAAUGUAUUGUUUCAACGUUACCUGAUCAUGGUGAUAUUCUAAAGAAUUUGAAAGAACUCUUGUGGGGAAACGAUAAACCAUUCGUUGUCGUCCCACCAUUCGAGCCCGCAACUGUGGAGACUGUUUACAACGAUUGGCUUGCUAUGAAACAACGAUCGUUGAGUGACGAACAACGUCUAUUCAUAAAAAAUUUUAUGAACAAACGCAAUGAAAUCUUACCACUAUUUAUGAAACUUGUGUUCGAUAUUAUUUCGGUUUGGCAUUCAUACGAUACAAUUGAUGAGCAUUUGAAUUAUUUACAUGAUGUGGAUGACUGUAUUCGUUACUUAUUUCAACAUUUACAAGUUAUCCAUCAUCCAUUAUUAUUCAGUCGAGCAUUGUGUUACAUGACAGCAUGCCGAAGCGGAAUAAGUCAAAAUGAAUUAGAAGACGUUUUGUCACUUGACGACGAUGUCUUGAAAAGUGUUUUUCAACAUUAUAUUCCACCUGUUCGUCGUUUACCGGGUAUCCUGUGGACAAGAAUUCGAAAUGAUUUGGAUGAAUACAUCACCGAGAAAGAAGUCGACGACGCACCGGUCAUUUAUUGGUAUCAUCGUCGAUUCAUCGAGGUAGCUCGAGAGUUGUACGUAUCGAAUUUGAACGCGGAUGAUCGACUAGCUGUGUUUCAAAAUAUGGUCGAUUUGUUCAAAGAAACCUGGAAAGGAAAAAAUAAACCCUUCAUAAUCGAUGAUCCAAAAUUAGUUCAGAAAUACAAACUCGAUCAAUCUGGUGGUAAAAUUCAAGCAAAUCGUUUUACAACGUCGCAGCCAACCGAAUUCAUUGAUUCUGAUGGCCAUGUACAAUACAAUAAACGAAAGCUCAAUGAGUUGCCUCAGUUUUUGAGCAAACUAGCACCUGACAUAGCCCUCCCGAUUGCAGCUGCCGAAGUUCUAUUUAACUAUUCGUUUAUGCAUGCGAAAUUUGGCGUUUCGCCAUUUGUCGAUGUCAUUCAAGAUAUUGAACAAUUUGAAAAUCAAACAAAUUUCAAAGUAAUUGAAACAGUUCGAGAAAUUCUCAAAGAAAUCAAGUACCUCUCGAUGGCAUAUUUAAUCUGUGGUCAUCUGCUUAACGAAUAUCCCGACAAUUAUGCAUUUGAAUUAGCAGCACGAUUCGUAACUGUGUACGGGUUGAAAGCAAACCUUACCAAUUUAAUCCAACAAUGUGAUGAGCAAAGUCCUCGGCAUUGUGCAUUGAUCGUACCUUACAGUCAAUUGCAACCGCCGGGAAAUGGCUUAUUGUAUUCACUGAAUAAACAUACGACGCCGGUAGUUGAUAUCGAUUUUGUAAAUGGCGAAUCGGCGGCGAUAACACUUUCCAACAAGGUUGUUGUUAUCAAUAUGAGGAAUGGAGAUGCAGUGAUAGAUGUGAAUUUACCGAAGAUUGACGAACCGUACUUGAAUUCAACAACAUUCUCAAGCGCAGUUUCCACAGACGAUAACAAGAAAUCAUCGAAACUAAUCUCAAGUGAUGAUAGUGACACAGACGAUUCCAAUUCGGAAGAUGAAAAUAGAUUUAAACAAUAUAUGUUUCUAACUAACUCAGCUCAUAAUAUUUACCUGGUCUCCAAUCAUGGUGAUGUAAAAUUUCAUAGAAGAUCUACUCGGAGAUUUCUACUUGUUGACGUGGUUAGUUUCAAACAAGGUAUAUGUAUCUUUGCUGAAGAAGGUACAAAUUCAGUGGAAUGUUGGCACUUGGGACAAAAUAAGCUAUUCGCCAAACUUGAUCUUGAAACAAAAUCCUCACUGAAACAAGUUUUCUGCUUCCGAGGAAGUAGAUUUAUGCUCACAGUUGUUCUUCAUGACGGAACGAUACUGUUUUAUAUUCUCAACGGUUCACAAUUUGAGAACCUUGCUACAAUCGAUGCUGGUCCACACUUAGAUACUGUUUAUCCUGACAAAGAUCAUUUGAUCUGCACCUUUGAUGCAAAUACUCCUAUCGACUUCGCUUACAUCGAUAUGAAAGUGAUCCGCGCAAGCAGUGAAGUUCUAACUGAAAAUCAGAUCAACACAACAUUAGUGAAAUUCGAUCCACCUAUUAUCUCAAAGCCAUAUCAUCAAAUCAUAAUACCUAAAAAUCGAAGUCAAUCUAAAGGAAUGUCCAUGGAAUUAUUUUUCAUCAUUAUAACAAAAGGGGCGUUGUAUAUUGUGCAUAUUUGCUCAGGUCGAGAGAUAUCAUACGUAUGUAUUCCAGGGGAAUGUCAUACUGCUGCGAUCUCGGCAGGCUCACCACAUAUUGUCUUCGCUGCUCGACAAGGCAUUAUGAACAUUUACAAAUGGCGAUGUGUUGCCACAAAAGAUGAAGAUGUUAAAAACAAAGUUGAUAUUCAUCAUGGAUAUCAAUUAUUUGUCACGAUCGAUAUUAGUUCAUCGGCAAUACUUACUAUCGCACCAUCACAGGAUUCAGCUGGCCUGUUUUUGUGCUCGUUAGAAAAUGGAGCGAUUAACGCCUAUCACAGCUUUGCUGCAAAAGAUGCAGCAAACAAAAUUCCGCCAUUUCCACGUACAACAGAAGUUAUUCAUAGUCUUCAGCUAUACGAGAAAAUAGCUGUUACACUGGAUAAAUCAAAACGAGAACUUGCUUCAUGGUCAUACCAGCAUUUCACCGCAAUUGAGUCACGCUAUCUAUUUCCUGGUACGAUCAAGAUUGAUCAUUAUGCUGUCUUGUCAGAUACAGCAAUUGCCAUCAUUACAAAUACACAUUUUGUCGAAGUGUAUGGGUUAAAUUCAUUGAAUAAACCAGCACUCUGUCGUUUCAAUCUUUCCUGUCCAUCACAAGUCUUUGCCAUCGACGAUAAAACAUUUGUCUUACUUUCGAAUAAUGGCUCGCUUCGAUACAUGCAGCACAAUAAACACAAAUUCAAUCAAACAGCAACAAAACAACUGAAUAUUAAAUGUGCUAAACUAUUCAGCUCCGUUAUAACAUUCAAUUCACAACGAACUUUGAUCGUUCUUGCUGAUGAUCAAUAUUCACUAGCGAUUUGCACGACAAAUGAAAUUCUCUAUAUGAAUAUUAAUCUCCCCUCAUCGUUCGUGUCAAAAGUAACUAGUGAUCUCACGCAAAACUAUCUUAUUUUCUAUCUCGAAAACAAAUCUCUCAUCUCAUGCCGAAUUGAAUCUUCAUCCAAACCUUCAUGUCAAUUAAUACCAUUUGGUAAUGCUGAUCUAUAUGAUGUGAAGAAGAAUUGUUUAUCUAGAAUUCUUCAUGAUGAAAAUCAACUUUACAUACAUAAUCUCAAUUCCAAAACUUCUCAUGAGUUUAUUCAACUGGAAAAUACAUGUGAACUCAUGUGUGUGAAUGAAUCCGGUGAUUAUGUUUUUGUUAUUGUUAAACCUCGCAUUCUUUAUAUGUACCGAGUGAAAGAUCGCCGGCAAUUGGCCCGAUUAUUUGUUUAUGAUCAUGUCACAACAAUGGUUGCAACGAAUGAUUUCAUCGUGAUGGGAAUGAAUGAUCGCCGAUUACUAACAUUAUUAAUUGCUGAUCCUGAUGAUCCGGAAUUAAAAACAAAGAUUCAAGCACUACCUAGCAGACAAUUAAAGCGUGAUAGUCAUUCAGCCGCAAGGAAACUAGUCGAACAAAUGGAUGCCUUCGAAGACAUGAGUUCCGAUGAUAAUGAUAGUGAUCUCGAAGAGAAUGCGAACGACAAAGACGAUAGUGGACCAAACAUCUACGCUGUGAAACGAACUAAAGCACCAACUACUUCGUACCGUUUUGUUCAUCGUCUCAAUUGCAAGUUUACCGCAUCAAAAAUGAAAAUCGAUCAAUUCGCACGAACAUGUUUCUGUGAUAAUCCUCAAGGUGAAGCUGUGACCGAUGACUCCGAUGUUGACGCUGAUGAUAACAACGAUGUAAUUAUUGCAAAUACAUCUCUAGUGCCAGAAACGCACAAUCUCGACGAGAUUCGUGAGAAAACCAUCGAACACGAACAGCAGCAAAUCAAAGGUGUCCAAUUAGCUAAUGCAAAUACAACCAACCCAACGAUCAUCAAUGACUAUUCCGUAACAUCCAGCACAUGUGCACUUCAGUGA